GUUGCGAAGUUGCCUUGCUCUCAGAUGUACAGUAGGUGGUGGUGGUGAAAGCGAAAGCAACAGAGCACGCGGCGGUGACGACCCCGAGUACUCUGUAUGGAAAGAGAACUGGCCACCCGCCGAACUUCACUUGUCACCAUCUCCUACCACUGUCUGAAGCUUCUUCUCUGCACGAAAUAUCGUGACGACGCUGCUUAGACUACUAUAACGUACUAAAGAUGAACUUGUCACUCUAUACUGUUGCUGCACUCAUCAUCGUCGACACGGAUGGUCACCGUGUUUUGGCGAAAUACUACCACCCUGCCGGCGACCCAAAUCCUACACCAAAGCGACUUACGACGUUGAAAGAACAACGUGCAUUUGAGAAAGGCUUAUUCCAAAAGACGAAGAAGGCAGGCGGAGAUAUAACACUUUAUGACGGCUACCUCGCCGUAUACAAACACUCCCUCGACCUUAUCUGCUACAUCAUUGGCGACCCUUCAGAGAAUGAGCUGAUGCUUCUCUCUGCAUUGGCUUCGUUCUCGGAUGCUGCCAACAUGCUUCUCCGCAAUCAGCUAGAGAAGCGGUCAGUAUUGGAGAACUUGGACUUGGUGCUGCUAUGUUUGGACGAGACUAUUGAUGACGGUGUCAUCGUAGAAACCGAUUCAACGACCAUUGCUUCACGCGUGAGCCGACCAAAAGCAGACACGACGGAGAUCGUCAUCAACGAGCAAACUCUCAUGAACGCGUACCAGACAGUGAAAGAGAAGAUGCAGCAGCGUAUAGGACAGUUGUAGGAUUCCCCGGUUAUUUUGUAAUUUUAUUCGCUUUCCUUUGACCUCCUUCGCAACUUCUGAUCAUG